AUCCGCGGCGCUUCCACAGACAUCACCACAGUGAUGCCCUCAUUUGCAUGUGAGUAAAAAGAGACGCCAACGUGUUGGUGAGCGUGCGCAGCUCAGAAUAAAAAGCUCACACAAGACAGGAGGGUAUAGAGUCAACAACUGUCAGAGCAAACACAUCUGGAGAGGAUUUCUUUAAAAAAAAAACGCGAAAGAUUGAAACAAACCCAACUUUAAAAGGUUUUCCUGCUGACUGUUUUCUGAGAAAGGUUCCUUUAUCCAGGAAUUAGAGACAUCCAACUCUGAGGAGACCCAGAAGUGUUCUUCUUUUUUGAAGAAGAAGCAAAGAUCAAGAUGCAGCAGUUGGAGGACGAACGGCCCAAGAAGAAGGUGACCGCCUACCUCCUCUACUGUGUCUCAACAGCAGUGAUCGGCUCCCUGCAGUUUGGAUACAACACAGGAGUCAUCAAUGCGCCUGAGCAGAAAUUACGAGUUUUUUUCCAGAAUGUGUCCAGUGAGCGCUCGGGGGAGCCCUUCUCCCCAGGAACCACCACCAUGGUGUGGAGCUUUGCUGUGGCCAUCUUCAGUGUGGGUGGCAUGAUCGGAUCGUUCUCCGUUGGAACCAUGGUCACCAAGUUUGGCAGGCGAAAAUCGAUGGUGAUCGCAAACGUCCUGGCUGUGCUGGGCGGCGGUCUGAUGGGACUGUCGUCUCUGAGUCGCUCUUUUGAGAUGGUCAUCAUCGGCCGGUUUAUCAUUGGUGUUUUCUGCGGCCUCUGCACGGGUCUGACCCCCAUGUACGUGGGCGAGAUCUCUCCCACCGCCGUCCGAGGAGCCUUCGGCACGUUGCACCAGCUGGGUGUUGUGAUUGGCAUCCUGGUGGCACAGAUCUUCGGCCUGGAGUCUCUGCUGGGAUCGGAUGAUUUGUGGCCCUGGCUGCUCGCUCUGACCAUCCUGCCGGCCGUGCUGCAGAGCAUCAUGCUGCCUUUCUGCCCCGAAAGCCCUCGCUACCUCCUCAUUGUCCUCAACAAGGAGGAGGAGGCCAGGAAAGCCCUUGAGCGUCUGCGCGGUUGUGAAGAUGUGAGCGAAGACAUUCAGGAGAUGAAAGAGGAGGGCAUGAAGAUGGCCAUGGAGAAGAAAGUGACUAUGCUGGAGCUCUUCCGCUCGCCCAACUACCGGCAGCCGAUCAUCAUCGCCAUCAUCCUGCAGCUCUCGCAGCAGCUGUCCGGCAUCAACGCUGUUUUCUACUACUCUACAGGCAUAUUUAAAACUGCUGGUGUCACUCAGCCCAUCUAUGCCACCAUUGGAGCUGGCGUUGUCAACACCAUCUUCACUGUGGUCUCGCUGUUCCUUGUUGAGCGGGCGGGAAGGAGGACACUACACCUGAUCGGCCUAGCAGGAAUGGCCGUCUCUGCCCUCCUCAUGACCAUCUCCCUGUCUUUAGUGGCAAACACCCCGUCUUUGAGUUACCUGGCAAUUGCGGCUGUGUUCGGCUUUGUCGCCAGCUUCGAGAUGGGCCCCGGUCCUAUCCCGUGGUUCAUCGUCGCCGAGCUCUUCUCUCAGGGGCCUCGCCCUGCUGCCAUGGCCGUCUCCGGUUGCUCCAACUGGACCGCCAACUUCUUGGUGGGGCUGGUGUUCCCUAAACUGGAGGAAACUAUUGGCGCAUACGUCUUCCUCAUCUUUAUGGUCCUCCUCAUCCUCUUCUUCAUCUUCACCUACCUGCGAGUGCCCGAGACGAAAGGACGGACCUUUGACGAAAUCGAGCAGGGGUUCGCCGUCAAGCCCGCCAGUUCCCCGGUGCCUGACGCUGUGUUCAUCAGCCAGCCAGAGGUCCAGGACCCGGCGCCAUUGUCCCCCACUGAAAAAGUUCCCAUGGUGGACCUUCCUUCAGAGAAACAAUCAUAAGAUUGGUUGAAAGAGAGGGAGGAUGGACUGCAGCUUCUUACUGUAGAAGUCAAAAAGCAUAGUUUCUAAGUCAAGAAUUUUACAGUGCCUUUUUUGUAAAAGUAUUUCAUACACUCUUUCCCCCAUAAGCAAUAGUAUUAUUAAUAACAAAACUUAGGUUAAUCCUGGACCAAACUUGAUUGUAGCACCAGUGCUUAGUGUUUAAGGACUUCUCCAGCCAUGGCUCGAGUCGUUGUGCCGCAUAAGAGGAUCAAUGUAUGUUUGAAUUUUAAGCUUGCCCACCGUGUUCAAAGGUUGCAGGCUUUACGGGGGUUUAUGUGUUCAUGAGGUCAAGCCUAAAAAAAGCUACAGUCAGACGUAGGCAGUUUGGUCCCCAAAUAAAGAAAAUUAUUUUAAAACAUGCCUUUGAUAAAUGCUUUUCUGCCAGGGGAAGAAAAGCAUGAAUGAACACAGAGGAGGCGCUGCAAGAAGAACCACUCUGAGCAUAAAAAAAGUGUAAUUAUUAUACACUGAGAAUAUUUUCUUAAUCACAUUAACUCCUCGCUUUUGGCGAAAACUCAUGACGGCAUUUCUCUAUAUUUGUGGGAUUUUAAAUUCUGCAUUCAUCUGCGCUUGUGGCGAUAAAGCAGCAAAACAAGAGCAGAUCCGAAUGGAGGCUUACAGUAAAUGUAGAUGUUUUUUUGGGAAAGAAAAUACUCGCUGAAUUUGAAUAAAAAGCAAAAAGAAAGACGUUCUCUUCGGAAAAGCACAAACAAGCUUUACGGCUUCAGUUUAAGGGUUUUACUGCAGGAAACGACGUUGACAAAAAAAAUAAAUAAAAAAAAUAAAACUGUCCUAAUCUAGUUGUUUACAUCACGCAUACAGAGUUAAAUUUAAGAAACUCAGGUUGUAAAUUUUAUGUAAAUAUUUAAGGUUUUAUUGUGUUUGUAAUUUUGCCUGCAGAAACCACUGGAUCGCAGGUUAUUUUGUAAUCUACGAAACUGUGUGUUGUGCCAGUUUGCAAUAAUAUGUUCUCAUCUGUGUGGUGCGUAAAAGCAGAGUCCUGCCCGCUCAUAAUUUAAUGUACAGCACAUCCUGCAAGACGUCCGCCUCGUAAGAUUGCGGUGUGGACUAGAGACACUAAAUGGAUAAAUGGAUUGUAUUUAUUUCAGUGUUUAACGCACAAAACGUGUCAUUAAAGAUAUAUGUUUGUUAGUGAUGUGAGUAUGUGUGCAUUUACUGUAGACACAAGUGACUGAAUCUAGAUCAGCUGGUUUUGGAGUUGCUCCAAACCAGGUUGCUGUUGGAACUGUUGCAUCUUCCAUCUGGGUGUGCAUAAACUUGUUGAGGAAACAGUUGUCGUUGCAGUCUCCUUUCUAAAAAAAAAAUGUAUUUAUUCUGAAUUUUGUUUGUGUUUUUUUUGUCCUUCCAGGUUUGCUUUAAUCUGUUAAAUUCACUCUGAUUUCAUUCUAGUCUCAUGUUUUUGCACUCUGCACAGUUAUUAAAGACAUUGCAAUAAUGCUGCUUUGCCGUUCUCACUUUUCACACGUGUAACUUGUAUAUUUCGCACUUUUAGUACAAUUCUUUUGUGCAAAUAAAACCAGUGAAAAUACA